AUCUGUAAUUUGUAACAGUCGAGUUGCGGUGAUGCGAGGCCAAGUUGUUACCGAACAAGGACUCGGAAUAGUAGGCAUCAGAGUGUCCGUGGACAGGGACUCGCGCUUUGGAUUCACCUUGACUAGAACAGACGGAUGGUUCGACGUCCUGGUCAAUGGUGGAGGCGCCGUGACGCUUCAAUUCCAGCGCAGCCCCUUCAAACCCCUUACGAGGACCGUCUUCGUACCCUGGAAUCAGAUUGUGGUCCUGCCACCCGUUGUGAUGAUUCUUAGCAAGGAAGGCGAAUCGUAUAAAUCUAACCAGCCGCCGAGCCCGGCAGUUGGCUUCCCAGGGAUUUCGAUGGGACUCUUUAGCGAGCACGGUCCGUGCUUGGAGCACGAUCACGAAACGCUGCGACCAAUUAUCGUUAGCACGUGGAUGCCUGAGAAAGUUGGCGGUUUGCCUGGAAAGAGCUUGGUCUUUGCUGAAAGUCAAAUCGUGCAGGAAAGCAUCGCUAUUCCGGGCUCCAAUCUCCACUUGAUGUAUCAAAGCAGUCAGGCUGCGGGCUAUCUCUCUACCGUGAGGAUGCAACUGACCGGGCCGUUCAUUCCGAAAUCGCUGACGCACGUACACGUGCAUGUGGAGAUCGAGGGCUCGCUUCACACGAAAACAUACGAGGCCGACCCGAAUCUGACACACACGUUUGCCUGGAACAAGAGAAACGUUUACAAGCAGAAAGUGUACGGCGUCGCGCAGGCGAGGAUCUCGAUCGGCUAUCAACAUUCCACUUGUCCGUCGGUGAUAUGGGAGACGCAGACGGCCACUUUGCAGGGAUUCGACGUCGAUAUCUCCGAUAUCGGUGGAUGGGGACUCGACAUCCAUCACCAUUACAACUUCCACGAGGGAAUCCUGCAGAAAGGCGAUGGCUCUACUCUACAUUUUAAACAGUAUCCGCGCACUGUGAAAGUGGUAAUGGGCACUGGUCUCCAAAGAAGUUUGGUGUGUCAGAAUUGUGAUGGUCUCGCUAAGGAUGCUAGACUCUUGACGCCAGUGGCACUUGCCAGUGGACCUGACGGUAGCAUAUAUGUCGGAGAUUUCAAUCUCGUGCGCAGAAUCACGCCCGAAGGAAAGGUUUACACCGUUCUGAUUCUAAGUGCGACUCAAGUGGCGUAUCAGUAUUAUCUGUGUAUCUCGCCGGCUGAUGGACACUUGUAUAUCAGCGACCCGGAGAAACAUCAGAUAUUGAAAGCACUCUCGUUGGAACAAGUCCAAGAUCCAAGCAUUAAUAUCGAGCCAGUUGUUGGAAGCGGCGAGAGAUGUAUCCCAGGUGACGAGGGCCACUGCGGCGACGAAGGUCCGGCCAUCCAUGCAAAAUUGGCUCAUCCCAAAGGAAUCGCAAUUGCGGCCGAUAAAACGAUGUACAUUGCCGAUGGAACAAAUAUUCGUGCUGUCGAUCCUCGAGGAAUCAUACAUACUCUCGUAGGACAUCAUGGUCAUCAUAAUCAUUGGUCACCCGCUCCUUGCAUCGGAGCCAUUCCCGCACAUCAGGCUCAGUUACAAUGGCCCACCGGAUUAACCCUAAGUCCAUUGGAUGGAUCCCUGCACUUCAUUGAUGACAGGCUAGUCCUGAAACUCACCAGCGAUCUGAAGGUGCGUGUAGUCGCUGGCACGCCUCUUCACUGUACCAGCAAUGCAAAUAACAACAAUGGCAACGAUGAACUUCCGAAAUUAAAUUCCUCGUUGACGACAAAUCUGAAAAAAUCCGACGAGGUCCUCGGGUCGGUGUUGGCUGUCGGUUUCAGUCCAACCGGUGAGCUAUACAUAGCGGAUCGAGAUUCUCAUCGAGUGAACUCUAUCAGAAUCGUCGAUUCUUCCGGCAAGAUGUCACACUUCGCGGGUCAACAGCAGGAAAGAUUGCGCGGUCAAUGCGAAUGCAACAAUACUACACCCAGCACCAAGGACUUGGACACGUGCACCUGCACGGACGAUACUAGUAGCACCGAAACGCUUCUCUCUUCGAACGCCAAAUUUACUGCAAUAUCUGCUCUGGCGGUUUCGCCGGAUGGUGUUCUGCACGUGGCUGAUCAGGGCAGCCUUCAUAUCCUGGCUCUCCAGCCGUACCUUCCGAACCACGAUGAGAACGGGGAGUUCCGCAUCCCAUUCCCGCCUUCGAACGAGAUCUAUGUGUUCAAUCGCUACGGUCAACACAUUUCCACGAAGGACUUGACAUCUGGAAAGACCCGCUACUCCUUCCUGUAUAGCAAGAACACAAGUUUCGGCAAGUUGUCCACGGUGACGGACAGCGCGGGCAAUAAGAUUCAAUUCCUGCGAGAUUAUAGCAGCGUCGUUAGCUCUAUUGAGAACACUCAGGAUCAUAAAUCCGAAUUGAAAAUCUCCGCGGUUGGGUUCUUGGAGAAAUUGUCCGAACGCGGCAGGGCGGAGAUCGCUCUCGGUUAUGACGGUUCAACCGGUUUGCUUACCAGUCGAUCAGGAGGAGAUGAAACAUAUAUAUACAAUUACGACAGUCUAGGACGUGUCACCGACGUAAUACUGCCGACAGGCGAGAAAUUGAAAUUAUUAUCGGACUUAUCUGACGACGAAGGUCUAUUGGUUAAAGUGUCUGCUCCCUUGCAAGCUUUAUCUAAAGGCGAUAAGCAACGAAUCGUAGAAUUUGAAAUGAAAAAUGAGAAGUCGAAGAUGUUGACAGUCACUGACGGCACCAAACUCAUGAAAGCGAUUGCAUUUACGAACAGUAGCCUGGAAGUGCUUCUGCCUGGUGGUGGUAGAGUAUUAAGCGCGGCGACAACAAAACAUCCACUAUUGAAGCCGGCUUUGCCGGUAGAAGCAGAAAUGCUACCUAUGUGGAGCUAUCAAUUGAUGUCAUUGGGCGAAUUAACAAACACCAUGACGACGACGUACAAUUUGGUCGGAGAAGUUAGCCAUCCCCAGCAAACGCUUAACAGAGAGAUCUGGGUGAACGACACGCGAGUGAUAAGCGUCGAAUUCGAACAGGCGUUCAGCCGUGAGACAUUCUAUGACAAGGCGGGAACUCCCCUAUUGACGGUGACCUUCGACCUGGCCGGUCUACCCUUGGUUUGGCAACCAUACGAGCAGGGUCAUAAUCUCAGCAUUACUUACGAUCGAUUUAACAGGAUCGACAGCUGGAAAUGGGGUGCCUCCGACGAAUCAUACGCCUACGACCGACACGGUCAACUAGCGGAAAUCACUAAUAGCAAGGACGGCACGAAACGAUACACCUACAAUGAUUUCAAUAUGCUGUCGAAGAUCACGCUCGCCAGCAACAGGCAGUUUUCGUUGCAAUAUGAUGAUGACGGUGGAUUACGACAUAUCAUUUUACCGUCUGAAACCAAACAUUCCUUCUCCUGUCAGGCUUCUCUCGGUUUCCUCAGGGUGACAUACACUCCACCUGGCAGCACCAGAGCCUAUCUGCAGCACUACAGUCACGAGGGAAACCUGCUGCAGACUGUAUUUCCGGGAGACGGAGCUCGCAUUGUCUACAGAUAUCACACCUCGGGACAAUUGGCGGAGAUCGUUCACGGCGACGGCAAAAGCGAGAUCAGAUACACGGAGAGUGGACUACCUUCCGAAGUAAUACACUCCGAAAGAGACGUGGAGUACAAAUGGGAUUAUCAAUAUAGUGCAGGACUUCUGGUAGAGGAGCGAAUAGAUUUCGGCGCCAAGACUGGCCUAAGCAACGCCAAAUUUACGUUCGAAUAUGAUUCGAAUUUCCGCCUGGUCGCGGUACAGGGUAGAAUAGGCGGUCAAACGCUGCCACCACACACCAUGGCUUACAGUCCGAGAUCGGGUACGCUGGAGCAAAUCGGUCAGUUUAAAGUGACGAGGCCACAGUCGAAUGAGACGACUGUGUUUGACGGUACCGCAUUGUUCUCGCGCACCACAGAUGACCGAUUCCUAGAAACUCAAGUCACAGUAACGAUCCAUCGAAUGGAGGUAUUCAGGAUGGAGUUUACGCACGAUUCGCGCGGUCGCAUCAAUCAGACGAGAACGUACACGCGUAACGUAGCCGUCAAUACGUACACCAACGUAAAGAAUUAUACAUGGGACUGCGACGGUCAGUUAACCGGUGUGGAGGCGCAGGAACCAUGGGGUUUCAAGUAUGACGCCAAUGGUAAUAUGUUGUCGCUCACAUAUCGAGGUAACACGAUCCCAAUGGAGUACAAUGCCAUGGACCGAAUAGUCAAGUUCGGCGAAGGUAUCUACAAGUAUGACAACCGAGGUUUGGUAGUACAGAAUGCGAGAGAGGAGAGAUUCAAUUACAACGCCAAGGGUCUCCUUGUGCGCGCCACCAAACGCGGCCGUUUCGACGUGCGAUACUAUUACGAUCACCUGGAUCGCCUAGCCACGAGGAAAGAUAAUUAUGGCAAUGUCACGCAGUUCUUCUACAACAAUCAGAAACGGCCGCACGAAGUGAGCCAAAUAUACAGCCCGCGCGAUGGUAAACUAAUGUCGCUGGUCUACGAUGACAGAGGACAUCUCAUUUACGCACAAGUAUACCGACACAAAUAUUACAUUGCCACUGAUCAGUGUGGAACACCUAUUAUGAUCUUCAAUCAGUACGGCGAAGGCAUUAGGGAAAUUAUGCGAUCGCCUUACGGUCACAUCGUUUACGAUUCGAAUCCAUAUCUUUACUUACCGGUGGACUUCUGCGGAGGACUUUUGGAUCAGGUCACCUCCCUCGUUCACAUGCCAAAUGGUAAGGUUUACGACCCGCUAAUAGGCCAGUGGAUGUCACCGCUCUGGGAAAACGUUUUGGAUCGCGUAGACAAACCAACGCACCUACAUCUUUAUAGAUUUAAUGGUAACGAUCCAAUUGAUGUCAGACACACGGACAGACCAAGUCAACCAACUGAUCACAUAUCAUGGCUGUCGCAUCUCGGAUACGACCUGAAGAGUUUAGCGCCGCAGUUAUUCCCGGAUGAGUUACCGGAAAGCCUCGUUCCGCGAGCACUCGGUCCGGGAACCUCUAUAUUCGGUAAAAAGAAAAGAACGCGCAAUCUGGGCGUCCAAUCCGGUUUCCUCGCGCACAUCGCCCAGAGGCAUUCGGGCGACGCGGUGAGCCUGUCUGCGCCACCACGAUCGGCCUUGAAGAAGGACACGAGUGAGCUGAUACCCAGUCGUCUAGGUGCGGCGUCCGAUCCGCCGUUUGGUAAAGGUAUCCUGGUAUCGAGAACCGCUGAUGGCCAGGCAGUGGUGUCCAGCGUACCCAGUGCUAACGCUAUUUAUGGCGACGUGUUCACAUCCGUGUUCAACCGCUCGUACUUCCUGCCAUUUACGUUUGUCGUGCACAGCGCACAGCAGGACGCCUUCUACUUCGUCAAAGAGGAAACCUGGCGUGCCAGCGAAGAUCGUGGUCAGCUGAAACGAUUAGGAGGUCAGGUAAACACCACGUUCCACGAGAACGAGAAUGGCAGUGGCAGUAGUUCGCUAAUCGAUGUGAAGAUACACGGUGCCAGCUAUGUGGUGAACUUGCGUUACGGCACCACAGCGGAGAAGGAGAAGCAGAGACUACUGCAUCACGCUAAGGCGACCGCUAUCAGGAAGGCAUGGCAUCGGGAACGUGAAGCCCUUAAAACGAACACUCCCACGUCCGUCGAGUGGAUGGUCGCCGAGCAGGAUGAGAUACUAUCCGAGCUCGCGGAGGACCCCUACAACAUUAGAUUCGUGAAGAAGGCCGUCGACCAGUCGAGCAAGAAGCGACGCAGGAGGAGAGGCGCGCCGUCCUGUAAGCUCUGGUGGUUAGAUAAAAUGUGCUAGAGCAAUUUGAGAGUCAGUCGUAUCGUCCUCUCGCACGGGGACAUUGUCCAGUAUCGAAGCCGCGGGACUUUCGAGUGAGCGACACCGACAGGUAAAGAGAUAGAAAGAAAAACCGGAAAUGUGAAAGUCGACGGAAGGAGGUAAAAAAAUGCUGUUGUAGCACGCUGUAACGCAGCGUCCGUAUAUGUAUGCACGCGCAUAUAUAUAAACGUACUGAAAACUAUCAAAAAGUUUUAUACCAAAGUCUAUUUGUGUAUUUCAAAGAUGCCAAAAACACUAUAACGUUAUAUUAUAUAUAAUAAAUAUAUAUACCACGAGGUAUAGGGUACGUAGGGUGUAAGAGCGUAAAGCGCACGCGGAGGAACGCGGGUUUCACCGAGUAUUCGCUCCACGGACCAGCUGCGCGACCGAUCCGCGAUUGGCAAAUCCGCGAAAGCCUUAUAAGCGACGUCGGGAGAGGAAAGGAUGAGAAUCGAGAAUGUGCCGGAUUUCGGACCACGCGAGCCUGGAAGGAAAAGAGGAGGAACAUUGUGAAAUUUCCUCUGGAAAGUUCGACGCGACGUGAACGCAGCUAAUAACUAGCUUGCAGGUUUGAAUUAAAUUCCAGGAUGUGGAGUUUUCUGAUUACGUUCGUACGAGGCAAGGCCGGCAAGCUCGUGGAGCUUGCGCUCGAGGCCUAAAGUAAAUGAUAGACCGUGGUGCCGCGCGUGCGAAUCGUGCACGGUACACCGUAUCGAUACAAGGUAAUUAUAGUUAUAACGCGAAGAGUGAGGAGAAAGAAGAGAGAAGAAUAAGCCAUUCAUAGUUGAGAGUAACGAAAAAGAGAGAGAGUGAGAGAAACUAGUCAAUACAUAGCUUUACAUUGACAUAACAGCCUUCUACGGCGUAGGAUAAAUGCGAGGAUAGUGAGAAUCGGGAGAAGCGAUGCCGUUGACGACGACGACGUUGACGAGCCACGUGUGUGUGUGCUGCCCACGAUAUUUUAACGUCGUACUUAGAAAAAAAAAGCAACGGCGGGUGUGAUGCAAGUACGGUAUUCACGCGAUGACGAAUACGAUGCAGAAAACGGCGGCGAGCGCGAAAAUAAAUCUCAACCAUGAAUGGCCCUGGCGAGAAGUGAUAGAGGAUUGAGGAAGAGGAAUCGGAGGAGACGAUCCUCACGGUAUCCUUGAAGAAGGACUAGGAGCCAACGAUCGUGCGGACUCGAUCAUGCGGUCUCGAGCUUGAAUUCCGUUCGCGGCUUUAGACAAUUAAGGGCGAGACGAAUUUGUAUUAUAAAGUGGUGCUUUUCUUGUAUGCCGAGAGAAUGGAGAGAGUGAAAGAGAGGCGGAGUGAGAGGAUCAGCGAUGAUCGAGCGAGGAUGAGCGUGCAUGAGGUCGUCGAAUACCAAUAGCGAGACUAAACGUAUUUUUAACAUGUGGAUGUGUCCUAUCCGUAGCGUAAGCGUUCCCGAUCGUCGCCGAUCGGUGAUCUAAUAUCGCAUUGUCGUGCGCGCGAAUGUGCGGGAAGAUAGUCGCUCGGGAUCGACGGUGGAUAUCCUUCGAUGAUUCUCGGAGAUCGCGGAGGGAAAUGCGAGCCGGGCGUGCGAGCCGAUGUCUGCGUAUAAGCCGGAAACGGAGAAAAUUUGCAAGAGAGAUAAACUCAUUAUCGGUAAAAAUAAUACGUAUACAAUAUCGCAUAUUUGUGCUUGCUGGAUAUGAACGUAACGGACGUUAACUAUGUUUCCUUACUGAAAAUACUAAGUAUGUGUAUCCAAAAUUACUGCCCGUCAAGUAACGAUCGUUUCGCCCGUGUAUAUGUGUAUGUGUGUGUAUGCGUGUGUGGUAUGUGUGUGAGUGUGUGUGUGUGUGUGUGCGUGCGCGCCGAUAGCCUGCGCACAAAAAACCCAUAUACGUGCAUCGAACCAUCCUUAGCGUCGAAAAUUCCUCUCAUUAUCAUCCCUGUCUAUCCUCUUCCUUCUCCCAGUCCUCAAAUUUCCCUUCAUCUUCCAAACUCCAUGAAGAUUCCAAAUCUGUCGAUUUGUCGCACGUAUUGUUUGUUCGCGUCUCCACGAACGUUCGUAUUCGCCAUUGAUAUUUUGCAACGCGGCUUUAGAGACGGUGCCGUUUAUGGAUAGUUAGUGGCACAACGACAUUACUGUCUGAAUAGAUGAAGAAUAAAAAAUGUUAUCUAUAUGCUGAGUGUAUAAAAAAGUAUAUAUAUAUAUAUAGAGCG